AUGACUUCAAUCGGAAAAUUUACGACUUCAGCCGUCUCCGCUGUGAGCGAGAUUACUGUCGCCGCCGCAAACCUCAACUUCGACUUUUCUUUGGUGAAAGUAGAAGCACCUCAAGAGUUCCAAGCUCUGGGCCAAGUUUUGUCUCGCGGAAGGCGACGAGAAGCUGAAGAAGGCACCUCGCAUAGCACGGCAAGGAAGUUGGCCGCCUUAUUCGAACCGUUACUAGACCGAACCCCCGAGCUUUUUAAGGCUUAUGGCACUAGAUCUUCCGAGAUUGUUUCAAGCCGAGAAGUCAAUCCCCUCGGCUCCAAAGAGGACCACGGGCUCUUUUUCGAACAGGUCGGCGCAGACUGCACUUCGAUAUGGGCUGCAGCGACUUCGGGUCAUUCAGCUGUUGCCAUGCACCUCCUGGCUUGCAUGCUUGCCCGGAUUUGGGAACCGGACCAGGCUAUUUCUGUCUGGGUUGACAUAGUCGGAGAGCGAAAACGCCAGAUCCAAGCUGAUGAAAGCCUCAGUGGUCUAGAAAAGCUGGCAUUGGACGCAGCCGCAAGACAACACGUCUCAAGGGAGCAACUGGCCCAGUGGGAUGCCAGCGCGCGGUCCUGGCUUCAAUGUGCGGAUCAGGCCACGGGUAUCAAGACAAAGCAAACACAGCUGCUACUCAUACUCAAGAAUGUUGCCAUCGCGGUCAACAGCAUCACUGAUACCUACAAGAGUGUCAUGCAGGCAUGGAAGAGCGCCAUGACACUAGUUGAGAACCUCAUCCGCGGCCAGCCACAGGAGGUACGUGAUGGAGCCAUCCUUCUGGGCUUGUCUGCUUGGCAUCUUUUCCCGGAUCUUGUGGUGUUGGGAAAUACCACCACUCAGGUUAAGCAAAGGGAUUCUCUGAUCGCUUCAGGCGGUAUUCUCACAGUGGGAAUUUCUGAGACUCACUCCGACGAAGAACACUGUGGCAUCUCGUGGUCCUUGCCCCUAGCAUCUCUCAACUUUUACGGGGAUCCCGUCACGUCAACACAAACCUUGGAUCCGGACACACCUCGACUGACAAGUCGCGAUUUGGCUUUUGUAGGCCUCGGGAGUUUGCUCUCUCAAUGGGACCCACGAAGCGCCAACGUUGCUCAAGCAGCCGAGUGUCUCGUCGAGCUCUGGGCGUUUCUUGGUCGCAAUGUCGAAGGGUUCAGCCUCGAAAGCGCUCCCUCGGGAGGUUUGGUCACUGCUGAUCCACUCCAAGUUCGACCGUGGCAAUGGCUCAAGAUGCUGCGCGAUGCAGCACGGGCAUUCCUUGAUGCCCGAGGCGUGGACAAAGAGCGAGCAUUUCGACUCCUCCACUUUGGCCGACGCCGAGCGGAACAGUUUCUGAGCUACAAUGCAAGCCUUCAAACAGAUUUCCUUGGUCUUCUAUGCUCGCGGACAUUCAUCGGCUCCUUACGGGGCACUGAGACGAAAAUCUCGUAUCUCCGGCAUUGGGCAAGCGAACACGUCUCGCAUCAAGAAGACACGGUAAUCCAGUACACUGUCACAAAGCCUUCUGUGCUAUCGGAAAUAAGGUACAGAAGGUCGAACUCGACAGAACCAGCGGAUGGUGCGAAACGGUCUGAAUACGCACUUCCAGACGAUGACAUGGCGCCUUUGGGCGAGGAAUACGCAAUCCCAGAGGGUGGCAUCUUCGACACCGAGAACUCUUCGACCAAAGGUCAGAGGCGGAAAAGACCCAAAUCAGAAAGCACUUAUUUGCACUUCGAGUACGCAACGGCGAUACAAGCCGCGUCUCCCGGUUGCAAACGAGGCACGACCGGUGCUGAGGUACCAACGAAAUGCCACAAGCGGUGGAUUGCUAUCAUCUCAGAAAAGCCCAUGUGUUCUAUGUACGGAAAGUGCACUUGCGAAGAACACAAACUCUCAAGCUGCAACUGUGAGAGGCACUCAUGCAUGUCAACGUUGAAGAAUCAUCGUCGUGAACCAGCCUUGACAGAAAAGCGAGAAUCUGAUCUGUCAAUUACGGGAGAGUGGAUUACCUUAGAAGAACAGAGAGUCAUCUACAGGGAUCCUGGAUAUCAUGGCGAAACACUGAUUUGGCAUGGAUCGCCGCAAGUUCUAUCUGGCAAAUCGAAGCAUUCCACCAGAGGACAAACUUACCACGUCUUAUGGGGCAACCCUGGUGAUGCUGCCAUCUUCAUCAACUCGAAAGUGGAUAAAGGAGACACCACGAAAACGGCCGCUUCCUCGCCCACACUUAUCUCCUCGUGGAUCUCUGCGCUAAAAAACAAUUCAGUCUGCCCCGAAACUCUCCAAGCAAUCCUCAGAGCUGGUGCUAAAGCUUACGAAGACUACUUCACCUCCCUCGACGCCCUCUCAAUUGCGUAUGAGACCUUCGAGGCUAUGCCAGGCGCCACAAUAGAUCCCAAGGUGGCAUCACAGCCACUGAAGAACUCACAAUGGUAUAGAUCCUACAGUACCUCGCAAGCUCUUGCAUGGGAGCAGUUCCAGCAGGAGGAAAAGCGCCAUAAUCUGCGGGGCAUGACGGUGAGUGUUCCUGCUUUUCAAAUGUCAUUGAAACGGAGCGAAACUUUUGCCUGCAUCGCCUUCUUUGACAGCGGUAAUAUUGACGUACAUCCUGAUCACCUCCACAGCGUGAUGGCUGUUUCUUCAGGCAAUUCCGUGUAUCUGGCUCUUCAACUGCUCGAGGAUCCCUCCAAAGUCGGCAUUGAACACCAAGUCAGACACAUCGCUGGAAAUAUUGGCCAAGCAGGCACAGGUUUUUUGGUUCCUCCUGCAAAGCCAAGAGUCAGAGCUAUGAAUGAUAGUUCAUGGCAGGUUAUCAAUCACGAUAGCUUUGACGAACGAGUCGAGAACUGCUUCGAGGGCACGUCAUGCCACUUGUCCUUCACAAACUACCGUAUGCCAAUCACACUUGCGCAUCAGGUUCAUGGCCGGCAGGACGUGGAGACCUAUUUUAUCGAGACGGUCGCAUCGAUCUACGACUCUGGAAAAUGGGUUGCAGAUCUGGACAUCCUUAGUUCUUUGGCCAGCAUGAGUCUGAAUAGGUCCUUAAUUGCAGGUUGA